AUGGAGGAGAAACAACUUAAGGGAGACCUGGUGGAGGUGGCGCGAAGCCUACGCGCCAAAUUUGAUGCUGAGAACGCCAAGGGUCCACCCCGUGAAGGAGUUCAGCCCAAGGAGAUAUUCAUGAUACGUAGCAAAAGAAGUAGGGAGGAACAGCGAGGCGAGCAAGUCGUUGUUAAACCGUCAGCACACGCUCUCACGUUCUCCAUACAGGAUCCCUGUCCGGACGGCUGGAAAGGUGACAACCCUCUGAUAAUACAGGCAUCCAUCAAAGACGUGACUAUCCAUAGGGUCUAUGUAGAAACCGAGAGUUCAGCAGACAUCAUCUAUGAGCAUUGUUUCCGGCUCCUUCCGAAUCGCUGGAAAGACAAUUUGCGACCUACGACAGGUAGGCUGGUGGGAUUCACCGGACACAGCCGGUGGCUGUUGGGCACGAUCCACCUCCCCUUAACAAUCACUAGCCACGACAAGCAGCGGAAGAAGACCGCCCUGAUAGACUUUGUGGUCAUUCGACACUCGGCGGAGCACAACAUCAUCUUAGGGAGGACUGCCCUCUUGAAGCUAGGGGCCGUACCUUCAACCAUGCAUGGGAUCAUGAAAUUCGACACACCAAAAGGCGAAGCCACGAUUUUGGCCACCCCGCCCAGAGAAUUGCGGUGCUAUACAGUUAUGAAGCCAACAGAAAUAACCAAAGGGCCCAAGAGGCCCAGGGGCAAUCCUGCAAAGGGUAAGGAGGUAAUCAAUGAGGGAUACCCCGACCAGCCGGUCAAUGUUGGAAGCAACCUCCCAAGCCACACAAGAAGAGCACUGGUCGAUCUGCUCAAACGCUACAAACAUGUAUUUGCUUGGACCCCCACGCAUAUGGUGGGGGUAGAAAGGAAGGUCAUUGAACAUAAGCUAAUGAUCAAACCGGGGUUAAAAGAGGUUAAGCAGAAGAAGCGGGUAGAAGGAGGAGACCGUAACAAGGCGAUCAAUGCAGAAGUGUCUAAGCUGACGGAGGCCGGAAUAGUAAGGGAGGCGAUGUUCCCAACGUGGAUUGCAAACCCAGUUAUGGUCCGCAAGCAGGAUGGGUCGUGGCGCAUGUGCAUCGACUUUUCUGAUCUAAACAAGGCAUUCCCUAAGGAUUACUACCCACUCCCGGAAAUCGAUCAGAAGGUAGAGUCGCUACAGGGAUUUAAACUAAAAUGCUUCUUGGAUGCAUACAAAGGGUAUCACCAGAUAUUGAUCAGCAAAGAAGACAAAGAGAAAACAGCCUUCUAUACAGACCAUGGCACGUUCUGCUACACCAAGAUGCCUUUCGGGUUAAAGAAUGUAGGGGCAACAUACCAGCGGCUAGUCGACUCGAUAUUCGCCAAGCAGAUUGGAAGGCAUAUUAACGUGUAUGUAGAUGAUAUGGUGAUUAAGAGUCCAAAUGAAGAAAAUAUGCUGCAAGACAUCGAAGAGACUUUCAAGACAUUAGAGGUGGCCAAGAUGAAACUAAGCCCAGCCAAAUGA